UCGUCUGGUAAGUUAAAAUCAUUGGUUACUUAACACCAGUAACAGAAAGACGGUAACUGAAACCAAACCAAAACUUUUCUCCAAGUAAAGCCCCAUGCAACCCUAAGUCCUUGUAUGUGAAAAAAAUUCUUGUGUGUAGUGUUUUAAAAAAACUGUGCUUUAAAGAAAAAUGAUGGAUAUACUGCGUUGUUGCGAAACAACCGAAAAUGAAAUUACGGCCUUCGUUGACGGCACUUUGUUGCAAGACCGGGUCUUAAAAAACAUGUUACAGUCUGAAUACCGGUGUGUGCCCUCCAACGUGUUUAUUAAUCAACGGGAGAUCACCGAGUCUAUGAUCGAGAUCGUCGGGGGUUGGAUGAUGGAGGUAUGCGAAGAACAGACGUGUCAAGACGACGUCUUCCUCCUCUCCAUGAACUACCUGUACAGGUUCCUCACCACCACCAACAUCAAGAAGAACCAGCUGCAGCUGCUGGGGGCGGCGUGCAUGCUCAUCGCCUCCAAGUUAAGGGAGCCCAAACCUUUAUCAGCCGAGAUGUUGGUUUUCUAUACCGACCACAGCAUUACUACCAACAUGCUCACGUCCUGGGAGCUGCUGGUGCUCAGCAAGCUGAAAUGGGACAUCAUCGCCAUCGUGCCGGUGGACUUCCUGCCGCACCUGCUGGUGCGCCUGGACUUCGAGCGGCUGGGCAUCAAAGCCGAGAUGGUCAAGAAGCACGCAAAGAUCCUCAUAACCCUCUGCGCAAAAGAAUGCCGAUUUACGAAUUGUUAUCCGAGUCUGCUGGCUUGUGCUAGCGUGGUGUCGGCGCUGUGCGGCCUAGGAUGGGUCAACAAGUACCACCAAUCGCAAGAAGCCCUCCUCAAGACACUAGCGGAUAUUAUCGACGUGCAAGAAACGGAUUUCAUGCAAGAGUUGGUGCAGAACAUCGACCAAAUGAUCAAACAGAAUUUCGAGAACGUUAAAGACAAUAAAGUGUGUGACGAAGUGACGAGGUCAGAACAAUGUACUCCUCCUCCUGGAAAAAUUCGCGACUACAAGACGGCGACUACGCCGACCGAUGUGCAUGAUGUUUGUUUUUGAAAACUAUAGUUUAAUUGUGAAUAGAAGUGAAUCCUGCGAUGUCGCUAGUUCGAAGGAAAGUGUGCAAAGACGUGAUGGCUUUAGGGGAAGGCAAUAAAUUACGCUUGAAUAAAAGAAAAAAGAACUGUUCAAUUUCUGUACGUCUUUUUAGAAAUACAAGACUUUUACAGCGGGUGAACGUUGAAAAUGUUUGAGAUAUACUAUGUUAGUCAGUUACGAUCCUAAGUUUCUGUUCCUAAAACGUGAUUCGAAACGCAAAUUAAAUUAAGCAAGUUUAACAAUUUGUUUAGAAGCUUGCGUAGUAUGAAUAACCUUCAAAGACUGCUAGCUCUAAUCCGGAGCAAUGACUUACUUAAUUAUCGUUAAUCGUCUUCCAAAUUUGACCAAGUCAAUCAAUGCAAUCAUGAUGAGAAAAGUAUUUUUGUCAAACUAUUAAAUUUUUAUAGUUAGUUUAUUAAGAAAGUGUGAUUCUAACUGUAGGUAUUUUCAAUUUUAUAUGUGAUCAACUAAGAAUAGUGAUUUUAAAAUUUAUUUGACAAAUAUCUUAUUAUAAGGGCCUUGAACGUACCUAAGGUUGGCUUUACCCAAACUCCACGCCAUGCAAAUUCACGGAAUGUGACCUUUGCCUGGCUUGGGGUUUCGAUAAAACCAGCAUAAUAUGCUUGUGCAUACGACUAUAUAGCUUAUUAAGGCAACACUGUAAAUAUUUAGGAGGUAGCCAAUUAAGCACUUUGACAUUGUACAUAAAUGACCGUUUCCACCAAUUACACUGCCAAUAACUAUUUAUAAAUUUUGCUCACAAUAGUCCAAUAUUCCAUAUACCUCAUUUUAGCUCUCAUUACAACAACAAAAGCCCUGUGAAUCUAUAUAUUGUAACUGGUAUUGGUUUGUUCCACCGACAUUUCCACGCUUGAUACUUCCAAAACCUUCCUAAAGCAGGGGAAUCUUGGUGUAACAAACCCUCCCAGAAAAAACUAUUAUAUUGUACAUAGUAUAUAGCGCCGAUUAGCGCACGAUCAAAGACAUUUUGUGCUUCCUCAAACUUCCGUUUUUCUCAAAACGCGAAUUUAAGUCACUAUACGCCCCAGAAUUCCUCUGAUCGUGCGUUAAAUACUUAUAUUGUAAAUAGAUAUAUACCACACAGAAUUCUAAUUGUUUACAUUCAUUAUAAGUUAAAUUUUAUAAAUACAAAUAAAAACCUCGAUAAAACGAA